CCUCGAGGGAAAAAUAGAAGACGGCAUUAAUUACCCCCAAAGUCGCCCGCUCUUCUAUCUUUGUCCCGCACCCCGCCUCUCGCCUUUCUUCUUGCUCUGUCUCUCAGUUGCUAUCUCACACAUUCUCAGUUCCCUCAAAUCACAACUUAUACAAUACAGAGAGUUUUCUUUCUUCGACUUCGUCUGAGUUUUCGUGCUCCUUUUGUCUCUCCAGUUCCAUAGGUGAAGCUCAGCCAAAAGAAUUGCCGUUUUCAGCGAUUUUGUACCCUUUCGUGGACUCUUUAGCUUUUUGUUUCGUGGACUGUUUGACAUGCGAAUUCCUAUAUUGGAGACGCUGCGUUAAGGAUUGAACAAUUUUGAUUUUGGACGUGAGGAGCUGAGGGUUUUAGAGCAGUUUUUCACUGAAGUUCUGCUAUGGAAGCCGCUAUUCUCAGCUCUUACACACCGCUUUCCUCAACGGCAGACCUCAGGAUUCGAGGAAAGUUUGCUGGAUGUAAUCUCCAUUUCUAUAAUUUGCCAUUGAACAGAACACGCCUUCCUCUCAAGUUAAAAUUUUCUGAAUCGAGUAGAAGGCACUUUUUUUCACGAAAGGAUCUGAUAUUGUCUAAUGGUAGGAAAGAAUUAUCCAGCUAUUUCACCCAUCAACUUGCAAGUCACUAUACAAGUAUCAGGGCAUCAUCGGGAGAAACGCUGCAUUAUGGACAAUCUUCACCAAUAAGUGAAGGUGAGGGAGUGUCACCAACAUCUACAGAUGCCAAUAACUUUGUAUCCUUGCAGCUUAAGCAGAAGAAAUUUAGAAACAGAUUCUUGAACUUUGUAAGACUGGGAUCUGUCAUUGAUAAUGCUGCUGAGUCUUUUUUCAAGAGUGAGAUACGGAGAAGGCUAUUUGUGACUGCCAUUUUAAUUGUCAUCAGUCGUAUAGGAUAUUUCAUUCCUCUUCCAGGAUUUGACAGGAGGUUGAUUCCAGAAGACUAUCUCAGCUUUGUCUCAGGAUCUGUUAAUGAACUUGGCGAUUCCACUCCUGAACUGAAACUCUCUCUUUUCCAACUUGGGGUCAGUCCUCAGAUAGCGGCAUCAAUUCUUAUGCAGGUACUAUGUCAUGUUCUUCCUUCUUUGGUGAAACUGAGAAAAGAGGGCUUAGAUGGGCAUGAAAAGAUCAAGAGUUAUAUAUGGUGGAUCUCGCUUGGUUUUGCAAUUUUGGAGGCUCUUAUUCUCUCUUGUUACUCACUUCCAUAUUCGAUAUAUGCUGCCAGUCAUAGGGUUAAGCAUGUGUUGAUGACUUCCUUCCUUUUAGUUUCUGGUGCAAUGACUAUGUCAUGGAUUUGUGACACAAUAACAGAGUCUGGGUUUGGUCAAGGAUCGACUUUGAUUAUUUGUGUGGGUAUUCUCACUGGCUACACAGAUACAUUGCAGAAAAUGUUAACUCAAAUAGCAGGGAGUAGCGGGAGCUGGUGGCCUUAUGUACUUGCUGUACUAGGUGUUUUUACUGUUGUUACAAUGUGGGCCGUCGUUGUGAGUGAAGGGUGCCGGAAAGUAAAGCUGCAAUAUUACGGUUUUAAAGUUGCUUCUGCUGCAAGAGAAGAUUCUCCAGUUCCGGAGGUGGAGCCCUAUAUACCAUUCAACAUAAAUCCAGCAGGAAUGCAGCCUAUCCUUGUUACCUCCUAUCUGUUGGCACUUCCCAACAUCCUUGCAAGUCUUCUUGGUUCAAGGUUUUGGGAACACUUCAGAGAUAUUUUGAAUCCUGACACUUCUCUUGGGGCAGAUCCGUGGGUUUACUAUACAGUUUAUGCUUUCUUUGUCUUCCUCUUCAACAUAUUUGACAUUGCCAACAUGCCAAAAGAAAUUGCUGAUUACUUAAACAAGAUAGCUGCUAGAAUUCCAGGUAUAAAGCCUGGAAAAGCUACAAUUGAAUAUCUGACAAAGAUCCAAGCUUCAACACGGUUCUGGGGUGGUCUGUUAUUAAGUGUUUUGGCCACGACAUCCACCAUUCUAGACCAUAAUUUGCGCCGCAUCAAUGAAGGAUAUGCAAUAGGAUUGACAUCAGUGCUAAUAAUUGUGGGCUCAAUCAUUGAAUUGAGAAGAUCUUAUCAAGCAUAUAAUGUAAUGCCAAGUCUAAGUAUGGCUUUGAAGCGGUAUGGUGUAUGAGAUUGGAGGGUGGCUCUAUUCAAGUAAAUGGGGUUCAAUUCUUGCUUGCACCAUUGGUGCUGAGAAUAUUUUGCAGAGUCUAGGAUCUUUUUGAGUGAAAUCUUAACUACUGAUCAACUUUUGAAAUUUGUAAGAUCCAAGAUGUCGCGGUCAGCCAACUCCUCCCAGUCAGGACACAUUUCCCAUAUGUAGCAAGUAAAAUAUAGCCCAUCCUUUGGCUGAGAGUAAAUCAUCUUAUCCUUCUUCCUUGUUUCUUUUUUCCUGGUCACACUUAAGCUGUGCUAUAUAUGAUUAAAUGAGCUUUUGGAUGAUUAAAUGUGUUUUUGCAGGAUUUGAAGUAAUUGCAUAAUGAAUGAUACAUAGGGUUUAGUGAUGCUUGAAACAGGAAAAACCAUUUUUACCCACUAGCUUCACAAAUUAGAUUAGACUUGCUACAUGCAUCACGAUUCAUCUUCUUCCUAAAUUGUGUUUCCAGGAUAAAGGAUUAGCACGUGACAAGGACUAGCUUGUGCUACAAAUAGCUGAAAUUAAACAAAGACGAGUGAUGGGGAGAGGUUUAUUGAUUUAUUCAUGUUGACAAAAACUGAUGAAGUGCUAUGAACAUUAAUAGAGUUCAAGAUACCUGCAGAAUAUUUGUGCUGACAAUUGUAUAUAGUUACAUUUUUUAUAUGCUCUAGAUGGCCAAGAUAUGGCAAGAAGCAAGUCUAUUCUUCUGUUGGUGGCAAGCAAAAGAGGAUGUAAUUUUGCUUUAAUUUUGAGGGGUAUGUUUAAAAUCUUCUUGUGUUGGUUGAAAGGUGUGUGCAUCAGAUCAGUGUGUGAAAUGUUAACUACAGUUGCUCCUUGUAAUUUGGCUGUGCAAACGUUAAUCAGCCUU